GUUUCUUGGUGGGGUACGAUAUUUCUAUCUAACCGGACUAAUCAAUUCUGGCUACAUGUCCGGAGACCGGCGUCUUUAUCUAAUCCUUUAGAGAAAAAUGGCACCUAACUUUCAUUACUUAAAGAACCACAGCCUGUAUUUGAGAAACUUAAUAAUAAGAUGCUGUCUCAUACGAAAAACAAAUUCCGUAUAUUCAAUUAAUGGCCCUGAAUAUAGACUUGACAAAGAAAUAAUCAUUAAUCGCAAAUACCCUAUAUCAAUAGCCAUUUAUGCAAAGGACUAUAAGGAGUUGUUGUCAUUAGACUGUGGCGCAAUCCUGUUUGAUAUCUUACUAUUUAUUGACCUGUUUACGCGUAUCAUGUCUUUGUCUUUCUUUCACCUAAAUAUUCCCAGAGUUCAGCAGCACCAGCUGGAGCCAGAUAGAGUUAUUUCAUGCCGAAAAAAAAAGGCUACGAUUUGUGGUCCGGUAGAAUAAAAAUGUCGCCCCUCACCAAGAAAUACCGUCCCCCCUAAACUAAGGGUACACGCUGUCCAGGCUGUCCUGCCAGGCUGUCCGCAAGGUUCUCCUUUUCUUUGUAAUGCAAUCAUAUAUCAAGAAAUUGUUGUAAUAAUUUAUGCCAUUCACCAGCGUACGAGGGAAUUGAAAGAAAAAUUACUUUUCAUAGUAAUUUAUUCGAUUCCGAAUUGACAAAAUUCCUAAAAUAAGGACUCUAGUUACAAAAAGGAAUAUACUAAACGACCAUACUUUAAAAAGCUCAUUUUAUAUAGCCAAAAUGAAACAAAUCAUUAACAAAAAAAAUAAAAAUGGCGUUGACUGUAUGUUGACACCCCUUCCUCUUCUCCUCGUAUUGUAAAUACGGUGAUUAGUAAUGAUGAAGCGAUAAACUGCUCUGAUUCUUCAUCUGUUCCUUCUGACAAGUCUACCUACAAUAAUUUAAAGCCAACGAAACACUGUGUACUUGAUUU